AUGUCCAAGAUCAAAGAUUUAAAGUCGAGAAUUCUAUCAAAGAUAGUCGUCAAGCCUAUCAGUUGGCAAUGCUGCCAAGUAAGUGCCGCCUCCAGCGUCCCAAGAAUCCCAACAUUUUUUUGGCUGACGAAAUGCAGUGCAGUCACACCAAUAGCACUCAUAAUCAGCAUGUCAAUACAAAUAGACGGUUAUCCGUGUAACCAUAAGAAAUGCGACAGAUGCCAAGUCAGCUUCGAGAACUCAGGGCAGGCGGAUGGCGCAGAAGAUGUUCGCUUAGCGAUGGUACAAUCAUUUGACUGGAAUCACAAGGGCAACAUAGGGCUGUACGAUGAUGAGAAGAAGAUUCGGUGGCCCAAUGAAGAAUAUUUCUUUUGA